AUGGUAUGGAAUUUUCCGGACCGUGACAGUCGGUCGUCAAGCUGCAAGCUCCGAUGGGCCGGCGAAGUCAUCAACCAGACACGGACCACCAAGGAUUAUGUCAUCUUGCUGGAUCUCUGGCGUGCGGGAUUUCGGGCCACAAGCCAGAAAGACGCCUUGAGAUUUCGGGCAGCUGUUGCGGGCUGGUACCGAUUCCUCAUUGUUCAUAUUCCAAACCGCCUUACCCACAAUACGCAGAUUCUGAACAUUGUUCUGGAAGCUUUUGGAGGCGAGCACUAUCUCCGUAACCUCUGGCCGGCCGCAUCCACAGUGACCCCCGCGCUCCUACCACGCGCGGCCCUUGGGCCAGGCGGAGUUGGCAGAUGGGGUUAUCCAAGUUCGCUUUCUGGUUCAUCAAGAUUGAGACAGGACGGCUAUCUCCGUCAGAUCCAUGAGACGUACGGAGCAGAAGCGCCCACGAACUCCCUCUACGUUGGGUUGUCACUGAGCCCAGGAUGGAUGUGGAAAUGUGCAUGCCCCGGCGCCAAGAGGGCGGCAAGGGAAAAAGGGAGGAGAAGAUACCUAUCUGAAAAUGAGGAAAUUUGGACAAAUCUCACGAACCGUCCGAAUAUCUCGGCUUCAUCUGCACGCGUCACCGAACAAGCAAAUGACUCCAUGGGGGCAUCCCCUCUUCACCCACCGCACGUCUGCAGUCUUCCAGGCCUCCUCCCAGACCUCCCAGGCAUGUUGGCAGGCGGUUGCGAGGAUGCCAAGUACCCACGGUGGACGUUGAACCUGGGAGCCUGGCCCUGGAAGGAGGGAAGACGCCUCUAUACGGAAUCUGGCUCCGAGGCCAAGUGCCAGGAUGGACUCCCCGCUGAACUGAGCUGGAACCCCGGCGGGCACGGCUACGCCGUCACAUCCCGCAAUUUGUAUGCGGCUGGACGAGAAUUGCGAGGUCCCAAGGCGCGAUUGAAGAAAAUUCGCUGGUGGUUUGAAGGAGACGAGAACGUGGGAUGGUUUACCCAGUCGGCUCGUCGCUCCGUCGCCGAUGGAGUCCAUUGUGAAUACACUCUACUAUGUAUCUUGGCUUUUUUGCUUGGUAACUGUUCGGGGGCCAUGCGAAGGCCGGGACUCCGCGAGCUGCAGCCGGGAGACGAGAUAGGGAUAUCGUUGAUGUCAGUCGUGGCAAAAGGAAGAAGAUUACUUGAUAGUUUGGUUGAUGAGUUGAGAGCACGGCAACCUCCGGAGCGGUAUCACGGAACGUCAGAUGAAUGCCACGGCAGAAUCGGCCGAGAGGGACGGCAUAGCAUUAUGCCUGAGACGUGUAUUAAUGACUUUGACGAGGGGCUGAUUCACAUGCUCAGACAGCUUGAGCAAUGA